GCACUCCUAAUGCUGUGGGCGGGCCUACGCGAGAGGAAUCCGGAAGCGCCGCGCCAUUGGUGCCGGCUGGGGCUGGGGGUCCCGGCUGGGGUCCAGAAUGUCUUCUCUUCGGAAGCAGGUGUUCACUGAGAAAGUACUCAAGAGGCUUUUCCCUAAUAUCUCAAGUGGUCAAGAGAAGGGGACUCCCCAGACUCCGGCUUUGGAGACGCCACCCAAGGAUGUGACCCCAGAAGCAGUACAGCAGAAGCGUGCUCACAGUCUGGCAGAUGGCGACAUUAAGGUCCAGCCUGAACGUCGGCUUUACACUGUGAGUUUGCCUCCUCAAGGGUACAUCCCUUGUUUGCCUGAACCAACCAGCUGUGUGGAUUCCGAAAAUGGCUCCAGUGGUGGUGACCCAGAAGAUCUGGAUCUUCCUGACCAACCAAAAAGACGAAGGAUUAGAAGACACAAAUCAAAAAGGAAUAUUAAAAACCUCAAUGAUGUUAUUGUAAGGCAAACCGAACUAGAGACACAGCAAGAGAAAAUGCACCGGCCGCAUCCAGAUGCCCCCGCCUUGAGCAAAAACAAAAGGAGGAAGCUGAAGACGAAGCUGCGGCUACGGAGGAAGAGAGAAGCUGGCUUAGCCUCCAAGGCCUCUGGGGUCAGCUUCACCUACCAGCCCGAGAGCAGCGAGGAGGCAGAGGUGGAUGAUGAUGUGGGAGGGGAGGAAGAAGAUGACGAUCCCGAGUGCUCGGUCGCAGACACCACCCCGGAAGACACUGAGCUCGCCAGCAGCAGGGCGGAGGGCGUCCUCAGUUUUCUGAAGUCAACACAAGAAAUUUAUUUCUACGAUGACUCUUCCCAAGACAAUCCAGCUGUGUGCAAGGAAGCUGCUGAUGAGCUGCUUCGUCUCCUUGAGUCUGGAAGCAUGCCUCCCACAGAUGUGCUCAUCCUGGACCACAUGAAAACCCUGCUGCUUCUGCAGGACACCGAGAGACUGAAGAGUGCCCUGACGAUGUUCCCAGAGCACUGUCUGAUGCCUCCAGACCAUGCCAGAAUAAUCUCAGCUUUCUUUAAUUAUUGGAUCACGCAGAUUCUUCCUGAAAAAGGCAGUGAAUAAAACCAGCAUUGCUUAAGAAGAGCUACCAUUUAACACAAAGGUGAAGAGCCACCAUUUAACACGAAGGUGAUAGUUACACGGAGGACAGGAACCCAGACUUCUGGCUGUACAAAUGUAUUUAUUAUUGUUGGUGAAUCAAACCCUGGAGACACUGAAGACAUUUCUACCAUGUUAUUUAUUUCUGUGUUUGUAUAGCCUAGGUAAGGUGUCAUCGGAGACUUGCAGUUUACUUGCUUACUGUUAUGUAUAUAUUGAAUUACUUCAUAAAACUAGAUCUUUUUUGGCGCCUGUAACAAAAGCAGAUAUUUUAUUAAAUAAACUCUAUAGUUUGAAGUUAUCACA